AUGAGAGAGAGUACUUUGUCAUUUAACCCAGAAUUUGUGGGUAGUUCUGGUAGCAAACACGGAAAUUCGAUAUUACUGGAGGAGAUUUAUCCUCAUUGUGGGUACCCCAAGACGAGCCAUUGUAAAGAGUCGCGUCCAAGAUUGAAAGUCAACACGAGUUUGGCCACAUCGUUGGUUCCUAUUGAUUAUGGACCUGAAAUUCCGUUUACUUUUGAGGAGGGGUGUGAAUUAGGUGGCAGUAGUAGUUCUGUUUUUGAUAGUGCUGCAAGCAGCAUGUACAACAUGGAUUAUGGGACGGAAAUUUCCGCUGGUUAUCGGGAAGACGUUUCUCAGAUGGAUUUGACACCUGUUCAUACACCAGUGAACAGGUUAGAUCCCUUUUUCAAGAGAUGCAAUGACAGUGUUACAUCUCUGGCCAGUUCAGUUUCCGAUUUUUCAGAUUGCACACCUUUGAGCCCACAGCCUAACUUCACUCCUGACUUCGUUAGGCUGCUUUUAAACACAUAUUAUUUGGCGUGUUCGGAUUCGACAGGCACACCGUUUGAUCAUAACAAUCCUCCUUCAGGAAUUUUAAACAAAGUCGCUAAACUGGCCGUCGAGAUAUCAGAUCGUGAUGGUUUAGAAAUUGGUUGUGGCCGAGAUAAGUGGCUUUUGACUGCAAUCAGGAAACGGAUUUUGCAGGAAGUUAGAAAAGAGGCUUAUUUAUCCAGAAAUAGUUCACUAAUGUCACUUCCAUCCACUCCAUACCAAUUUGACGAAAACGCCAGUGAUAUUAACGGUUUCUUUUUAGAUCAGCUGCAAUAUGAUUAUCCUAAUCUGCAUGCUGAUUAUCAGUCAUUUCAAGGUUACCCAUUAUGUAUUUUUACGGGGCAGUUAGAAUCUGCAACACCUUUUAGCAUUAUGUCACCAAUGGAGCACGAAUCCUUUAAAAGUAAUAGUUCCGUUACAACUCGCUGCAGAUCCAGAAGCGCUUCAAUUCACCUUUCAGAUCCCCAAUGUUCAGCAACAUCUGUUUUCAACGACAAGAGCGGCAAUGACAGCACAAUUGAUACUAAACUGUCUCCGCUCACCCCUGCCCGUACUCAAGAGAUCUCGGUCACAUUUUAA